AUGAAGGAUCAAAUCCAGUUAAUAAAGGAGAGGAUGAAGGUUGCCCAAGAUAGACAAAAGAGCUAUACCGAACAUCAAAGGAGGGGCCUCAAGUUCGAAGUUGGCGAUUGGGUUUAUCUUAAGGUAUCGCCCAUGAAAGGAGUAUUUCGGUUUGGGAAGAAAGGGAAGUUAAGUCUGAGAUACAUAGGACCCUAUGAGAUACUGGAAAAGGUAGGAGUAGUCGCUUAUAGACUGAAUCUUCCCGUUGAAUUCCAAGGAAUUCACAACGUCUUUCACGUAUCUUCCUUCAAGAAAAGAUUUGUGAAUCAGAUACCAAUAAUUGUAGAUUCGAGGGAUAUUUCGCUCAAACUUGACCUAACUUAUGAGGAAAAUCCUGUUUAG